AUGACGAAAUGUCCCCACUCAGGCCCGAUCAAAUUAAUUCUGGCACAUCAGAAAUUCGAUUACAUCGACGAGCCAAUCAAGGUCAAGGAUUGGCAAUUAAGGCGAGAGGAGAUCAUCACCGCCAGAGUGCCCGCACUCUGUAUCCAUCAUCGUGACGGUCGAGUGGAAUGGAUGACUGAGGCUGCGGCCAUUCUGAGGUGCCUGGGGAAGCAGUACAAUCUCCUGGGCCGCACCGAUAUGGAGGCAUAUCACUGCGAUCGCAUCAUCGGGAAGGUCAUGGAGUCGGGUAGAAUUCUCGCGGGAUUCUACAAGACCAGGAAAUUCCACGAUUCUGAUAUGCAUGAGCAGGAAGAAUACAAGGAGAAAUUUUUCGAAAAAAUGUCCGUUGUUCUCCAGGCAAGCCUCACACACCUUGAUCGGAUGCUGAAGGAGGCGCCGGGUAGCUACGCUGCUGCUGAUGUCAUCACAAUUGCAGAUUUCUACCUUCUCGACUUUGUGGACUUCCUCAAGGCCAACAGACCCGAAUGCCUCAAUCAAUUCCCGUAUUUGCAGAAGUGGCGAAAGCACCUACUUGAAACCGAUCAACCAGUCGCCAAAUUCACUGCUUCGCGCAGUUGGAUCAUAGUAUAA